AGCACAUUCAAAAGUAACGACCUUCUUAAAAAAUAUGUGUUACAGGUGACAAAAAAAGUGAUAGUCAAUUAUACUGUGAAGUCGAUCGCCAACAAACAGGAAAUAUAUGUUUAUCGAAUUUGAGCAACUACACUGGCUAACAUCUCUGCUUUUCACUUUUGAUUUCUGCUCAUGCAUCACAGAACUAAUAGUGAAGCAACAGUGUUUCUGAUAACAGCCAAAGUGUGUAUCGAAUGAUAGAAUGGAUUUCAAGGGCAAAGUUGUGCUAAUAACGGGCGCCAGUUCUGGAAUUGGUGCCGCCGCUGCACUGAAUUUCGCCAAGUUUGGUGCCAAGCUGGCAUUGGUUGGACGCAAUACGGAAAAUCUUAAGGAAACUGCAGCUAAAUGUGAAAAAAUCGCCGAGGACUCAUUUGCCCCGUUAUUGAUAAAGGUCAAUCUGAUAGACGAGUCUGCUGUGCCAAGCAUUAUAAGUGAAGUGCUGGAACGUUACGGACAACUUGAUGUGCUGGUCAACAAUGCUGGCAUCAUUGAGAAUGGAACAAUUGAGAAUACAAGCCUCGAUCAAUUUGAUAGAAUUAUGGACACGAACGUGCGCUCCGUGUAUCAGCUGACAAUGCUCGCCGUACCCGAGUUGAUCAAAACAAAAGGAAAUAUCGUAAAUUUAUCCAGCGUUUGCGGUUUACGUGCAUUUCCCAAUGUAUUGGCGUACAAUAUAUCCAAAUCGGCUAUUGAUCAAUUUACACGUUGUGUGGCUUUAGAACUAGCACCGAAAGGAGUGCGUUGUAAUUCGGUCAAUCCGGGUGUCAUUGUCACCAACUUACACAAACGUGCUGGCAUGAACGAUGAAGCUUAUGAGAAAUUUUUGGAACAUUGUAAAAGCACUCAUGCGCUUGGCCGAGCUGGGGAUGUGGAAGAAGUGGCCAAUGCUAUUUGCUUUUUGGCCAGUGACUUGGCCACAUUUACCACAGGCAUGAAUAUGCCAGUCGACGGCGGAAGACAUGCUAUGUGUCCCAGAUAAAUAAAAAAAAAUUUCAAUAAACGUGUGUUAACGAAUAAUAAUUCCAUUUAUAUAUUAAUAUUUCAAUAUAUAUUAAAUAAACGUUUCUAAAUCAUCAUAAAUGCAUGUCUAUAAAAUAUAAGCUUGGUUAAUCUUUGAUGUCUAGUGAUAUUCUAUAUAAUUAAGUAGUUUUGUUGUUGCAAUCAUAAUUUUAUUAUCCAAUGUUUGUUAAACUAUUACCGGCAAUUUCAAAUUUUACCGCUACUUAUUUUAUGGUCAGAAUUGCUUAGAGCCAGUUUGCAUACCAUUUCCUUCCUGCAGCAGUCGACAAUCGGAUUUGAACGGGCUCUGUAGAACUUUUUCUGCAGCUACAACAAAAACUAUGCCAUACAUACACAUAAAAUAUCUUCAACCCAAUUGAUUUAUUUAUGAAAGAGUUGACUUUAGUAAAACGCCUACAAUAUGCCUUCUAAUACUAAGCAAGUGUACCAAUAACCAAUACACUUUAAAUUUCAAUUACCAAUCAACUUGUAAACUAAUUAGAAUUUCAGUAAAUAUUGCUUUUACAAUCGCGUUGAGGUAAUAAAAAAGUUAAAGAGCUCAAUGUUACUUAUGUUAUUCUUUUUAUUAAAAAAUGAAUUCUAAUCAUUUCAAACAAACUUAAGGGUACGUUAAACUUCGUAUCCGUAAGAUUUAAUGAUUUUGUUGAAUGGUUCCGCUACCUUCGCAAUGUUCUCGCGAGCCUUAACAGUCAACUUCUUCAUGAUUCUGUUGUGUUUAAGAGUGACACGCAACUUAGCCUUGCGUUUCCUUUCCAGACUCUUGACGACAUCUUGGUAGUGCCAGCCGACUUCGCUU